AUGAAGAAUGUAAUAUUGAACGUAUUAAAGAGUAUAGCAAUAAAUUAUAAUAUAACAAAAUAUGUUAAAGGGUUUAAAAAUAUAAUAUUUCUAAGUUUUAAACAUAUUAUUUUUGAGGAAUUCGAAUUAAAUAAAUUUAGUAUAAAUAAUAUAUUCCAAAAUUAUAUAAUAGAUAAAUAUAUUAACAAUUUUGAAUUAAAAAUAAAUGAACUUGAUUCUAAUGGUUCUUUAUCACCACCAACAAAUAAAUUUACUGAUUAUUUAAUUUAUUUAAAUUCGCUAAAUUAUAAAAAAAAAGAGUUAUUAUUUAACAUUUUUUUUUGUGAUAAAAUCGAAAUAUAUCUGGAUACAAACAACACUGCUUAUUUUUAUGAUUCUCUUUUGGUAAAUAUCGAAACUGUUUAUGUAUUGCUCAGUGUUGCUGAGAUUGAUCUCGGAAGAAGCGGGAAAGAUGUGAAGCAAAGCGGGGAAGAUGUUGAAAGAAGCAUGAAAGAUGUUGAAAGAAGCGGGAAAGAUGUUGAAAGAAGCGGGGAAGAUGUUGAAAGAAGCGGGGAAGAUAUUGAAAGAAGCGGGAAAGAUGUUGAAAAAAGAGGGAAAGAUGUGGUAGAAUGGGUCGAAGUGGUGAUUUUUUUUACAAUUGUGUGUCUGAACUUUAUAAAAGAAGCAUUUAUUGAAAUAGCAAAGUGUGUUUAUUAUAUAAUAAGUUUAUUAUUUAGUAAUAUAUCAUAUAAAAAUAUAUUAAAAAAAAUAUUUAUAAAUAUAAUUUUAGAAAAAAAAAUAUUUAUAAAUGUCAAAAAUGUGAAUUUAAUUUUUGAAGACAAAAUUAAUAAAUGUGAAGAGAAUAUGUUUUUAUCUAUACAUGUAGAAAAUUUAAAUAUAAAUAAUUAUAAUUAUAUAAAAAAAAAAAAAAAAAAAAAAAAAAAAAUAGAUAAACAAUGGUCAAAUAUGAAUUUAUCUGAAUUUUAUAAUUAUGGAAAAUUAAAUAAUUCAAAUAAAAUAAAAGCCAAUGAACAUGAAGAAUAUUUAAAAAUAUCUCUUACAUCUUUUACUAUUUAUUAUGAUUUAAGAACACAUUUAAUUAGUGAUACAGAUAUCUAUUUAGACAAAAAUAAAUAUAUAUUUUUUUAUAAUUACAAUAUAAAUUUUAUGCAUAAAAGAGAUUGCUUAGUUGAGGAUACUGACUUGACUUGCAUAAUUUCGAAAAGUGGUAAAAGCGGAAAAAGCGGAAAAAGCGGAAAAGGCGGAAAAGAUGGAACAAAUUUGGAUGAUGAGGAUGCCCAAAGGAUCCAAAAGUACGCGAUCGAUUUUGUGGUAUCCUCUUUUAAAAUAAAUUUGAUGCACGAUAAAUUUUAUGAUUUAUUUUUAUUUAUUUAUAAAUAUGUUUAUUUGUUGUGUAAUAAAAAUGAUUGCCUAAGAAAGGUUGAAAAAAAAAAAAAAAAAAAAUCCCAAAAUUAUUAUUUUUCGAAAAGAAUUGCAAACAUAGAAUUAAAUAUAAAUAUUGAAAUGUUUACAAUCGUUUUUUAUUACAAUUAUUAUCAUAAUUUUCAAAUAGUUUUAAAAGAUAUUAAUUUUUUUAUAUUUUUUAUGAAAAAAAAGUGGAUAAAUAAGAGAGUCAGAAAAGAUUGGGAAAAUAGUUCUAAUACAAUAAUAUUUAAUUCAUACAUUUUAAAAGAUUUAAUUUUUUUUAUUCAGUCAAUUUUUAUAAAAGAAGAAUAUACUAAAUUAUUAAUAGCUAUGUAUACACAAAAAAAAAAAUUUAUUUAUUUGAAUAAAAAAAAUGUGAAUGUAAGACGUAUUCAGUAUAACUAUAACAAUGAAACAGAAUUGUUAAAAUGUUGCAACUUGGAAAAUAAAUUAAAUAAAUUUGUAGAUAUUGUUUCGUAUGGAAAAAAUGGAAAAAAUUGUAAAAAUGGAAAAAAUGGUAAAAGGGGCAGCAUUAAUGGUGAUGGGGCAAAAUACGGCUUCUAUUUUCGCAUAUAUAAAAAGGAAAAGGGAAUAAAAAAUAGUAAAAAUAGAAACGAAUACAUAAAUAAUAUAUAUAUAUAUAUUGAGAGUAUAUAUUUGAAAAUAAAAAAUUUGAAUAAUAUUUAUUCAUUAAUAAGCAACAUUCCAGAUAAAUUUGUUUUUAUAUUAUAUUACAUAAUUAAUAAAUAUAAAAAUUUAAAAGAAAAUUCAAUAAAUGAUGAAAAAUAUAAAAUGAAGUAUCAAAGAAACAAUGAUAUAUAUCUAAAUGUUAGAUUAAAUUUUAUCGAAGUUGAAUUAAAAAAUAGAAACAUGGCUAGUUUUUUUUUUUGUGUACAUAAUUUAGUAUUAUAUAAUGGGAAUGGAAAAUUGUAUCCUUAUAAAAGACAAUAUUCAUCUAAUUUUAAAUUGUUAAAAAAAAAACAAAAAAAAAUAAUAUUUUGUAAAAUAACAAAUAUAUAUUCAUAUAUACAAAAUGAUCAAAUAAUACAUAUACUCCUUUAUCCAUUUAAUUUAUUUUUUACAAUUAAUAAUUUUUUUAAAAAAAAAAUGAAAAUAAAAAUAUUAUCAUUUAUAAUAGAACUUAACAAGAAUGCAACUGAAAUUUUUAAAGACAUUUUUUUUAUUCCAGAAAACGAAAUAAAUAAUAAUGAUAUAUUUUAUGGUUGUAAAAAAAAUAAUAAUACAGAAAUAAACCCCAAAUUUGAAAAUAUAUUAAUAAAUGAAUAUGAUAAUUUUAUAACAAUUUCUAACGAAUUAAAUAUGCUUUUUAGCUGUAUAGACGUAUUUUUUGACACUUUUAAUUUUGAAAAAAAUAAUAAAGAAGAUGAAAAAUAUGAUGUUAGCUCAUCUUUUAGUAUAACAUCAGUUCUUAAUUUGUUUGAGAAUGUAAAUAUGUAUUUUUCUUUUAAAUACGUACAUAUUUAUUUUUUUUUUGGUAACAAUUUUGUUGAACUAGCCCAGAAAAUGCCCAAUAAAAAGGUUAGCGAUAAAAAAAAUAGCGAUAAAAAGGUUGGCGAUAAAAAGGUUGGCGAUAAAAGGUGUGAGAAUGUGUUAUCCUUUUUUAGUAGUGCAAAUGUAAAGAGAAGUGGUGGCAAAGAUGGUUUGGGGAAAGGGGUGGAAGCAUUGUAUAUAAAAUGUGAAUUUAAAAAUGUGAAUUUUAUUUGCAACAUUAAAAAAGAUGAUAAUAAUAAUAAUGAUAAUAAUAAUAAUUGGAGUAUAGACAAAUAUUCAGUUUCAAAUAAAUUAAAAAUACAAAAUUUUCGAGUUUUAUAUAAUUUUUAUUUUUUUCCAAUAAAUAUAGAAACAUUUAUAAUGAACGGUUUGUGUGUAUAUAUUUUGAAGGAUUCUAUUUCUGAUAAAGAAAUAAUAAAAAUAAAAACAAAUCAAGGUUUAGUAAAAAAAAAAAAAACCAUUUUUAUUUUAAACAAAUGUAUGUUAGAAUAUGCUGAUAAGGAAAAUAUUUUAUUAAACAGAUGUAAAUGGGUAGUUAAUUUGAGUUAUAUAAAUAUAUAUAUAUAUUCUUUUUUUAUUAAUUUAUUUUAUUAUAUAUAUAGAAAUAAUAAGACAAAAAUAUUUGAAAAAAAAAAUAAAUCUAAUAAUUUAAAUUCAAUAAUAAAAAUACAAACAAAUUAUACAAAAAUGUUAAAACAUAUAAAAAAUAUAUCCAAUGAUUUAUUCAUUUCAAAAAAAAUAUUUAAAAUGUUAAUUUUUAUACUAAUUAAAAAGAUAAAUAUAUUUUUUAUUUUUUAUAAUAAUAUAUAUUCUAAUUCCGAUAAUAUAUCAAAAUUUUAUAACACUCAUUUAGUUUUAAAAAUAAGUUAUUUUUUUACUAAAUUAAAAAACGAAAUUAUAAAUAUAAAGUUUAGAGAUACUACACUAAUAGAAGAUUACCCAUUUCACAAUGAUAAUUUUGUAUGUUCUCAAAAUAUAAAUAAAAUACAGACAUAUUAUUAUAUAUUUAAACCUCGAAUUUGUAUCAUUUUAAAGGAUAUCGUAUUUACAAGAUGUAAUUGUUUUAUGCAUGAAUUGAGAUGGAAUCAAAAUAAAAGAAGUGGGAAAUAUUUUAAAAAUGAAAAGACUCUUAAAUGUGGAAAAAUCGAAUGUGUAAUGACAAAAUGGGAAGAUAUAAUAAACAAUUUUGGAAAAAAAAAAAAAAAAAAUUUAAUAAAAAUCGAUGAAAUAAAUAUAAAAAUGUUAAAUUUGUAUAAUUCUAUACUAUUUAUAAAUUUAUAUAAAAUAAAAAUAUUUAAUUAUUUUAAUUUGAUUGAAGGAUUUAAUAUAUAUUUGGAAUUGUUUUUAAACACAUUUAAAAGUUCAUUUUUUUCAAAAUAUUUUCAUAUACAUAAUUUUGAAUCAGAUAAUGAAUAUAUGAUAAAGUUUGAUAUGAAAGAAAAGCAAACAAAUUCUAAAAUUCAAAAUAAUAAUAUAAAUAAUAAAAUGGAAAAUGAUGCGUUAGCAAUAGAUAAAGAUAUUGAUGAAGAUGUAAUUAAUAAUACAUGGAGUGAAAUAGUUUAUAAAAUGUGUAUAUUUAAAAAAAUAAUAUGUUGUGUAAAUUUAAUAAGUUAUAAUCAUAUACUAUUUUCUUCCCCUAUUAUAAAUGAUGAUAAACAAAAAAAUCAGAAAGAAAUAAUUAAUUUGAAAAUAACAAAAAUAGAAUUAAUAUUAAAAAGGAAUUAUAUAAAAAAUUUAAAUAAAUAUAUAUCUUAUUUUAAUUAUAAUUUGUAUACAAACAUAUAUGGAAUCAAUAUAUUUAUAAAAAAAUUAAAAAAAAAAUAUAUUUUAUUUUGGUCUAAUUUUUUAUCUUUUUUUAGUAAAAUCAAUGGGUAUAUACCAAAAAAUGCUAUUUAUCAUGAUUUUGAAACUAAAAAAAAAAAAAAAAAAAAAAAAAAAAUUAGAGAAUCAUAUGUAUUAUAUAAAAAUAAUUGUUUAAAAUAUAUUUCUUGGAAAAAUACUUCUAUACCAUUAUUUUUUAAAAUUAAUAAACAAAUAAAACGAAAAAUAUUAGAUAUAAAAUUUUUAAAAAAAAAAAAUAAUAAUUUUAUUAAUUUAGAAACUGAACAGACAUUGAGUAAUAAAUUUCCAUUAAGUGUAAAACUAAAAUUAACAUCUUAUGAUAUUAAAAAUAGACAAAAUGGUUGUAGUAAAAACGAGUCUGCAUUUUAUUUGUUUUUAAACGAGGUGAGUAUUUUAUCUCUAGUUAACAUGUAUGUGAAUACUGUUAAUUUGUUUGAAAAUUUGAGCAAAAUUGCAAAAAUGGGGCUUGAAUACAGCGAAAUAAAAAAGAAGCAUGUGGAAAGAGAGGACAAAACGGUGGAAAUAGAAAACAGAGAGUGUGAAGCGAAUGCAACAGAAUCUGUUUCAUUUUUACAAUGUUUAGAACGUUUUAAAAUAAAGAUGAAAAAUAUAUUUUUUUUAUUCUAUGGAUGCAAUAUGGAAAAUUUUAUAGGUUUUUAUUUAAAAGAAAUAAAUAAUAUAUUAUAUAUAUAUAAUUUAAAAAACAAAAAAAAUACAAAUGAACAUGAAUAUUAUUUUAGAUAUAUAAAUAAAUUAACAGAUUCAGUUUUGUUUACUAAUAAUGUUUAUUUUAAUUCGAAUAAAAAUAUUUAUAUUUUUGAGAUCUUUAAUAAUUUAGCAAAUAAAAAUAAUUUAAACUAUUUAAAGGGUAUGUUUUAUUUUUUUAAGAAACAAAAAAUCGAUCCAAAUUUGUUAUUUUUAAGACAAAAAAAAAUAAUAAAUAAUAUAAAAAAGAAAAAACAAAAAGAAUAUAAUGACAAAAACAAGAAAAUACAAAAUUUAUCUAUUUGGUGGGACAAACAAUUAAAAAUAGGAAAAAAAAUAAAUAAAUUUCCAUCUUUUAUUUAUUCAAAUAUAUUGCUUUAUAAAAUUAUAAAAUUGAAUAAGAAGAGACGUAUUUCCACUGAGUUAGAUAUAGAUAAUAAAAAUGAUAAAAAUAAAAUGGUUGUUUGUGUAAAAUAUUAUUUAAAAAAUAAAAAUAUAUUUGUUCAUAUAGAAACUAAACACACAUUUAAAAAUGUUUGUAUAUAUUUUCCAUUAUAUACUAUUAUAGAAUUAAAUAAAAUGAUAGAUGCAUUAAAUUGUCCUUUUAUUUAUAAAUUAUAUUUAUCUACUAUUACAAAUUCUCAAAAUAAUGAUAACGAUUAUAUUUCCAAACAAAAAAAAAUUAAUAUUUCCUUCGAUUUUAAAUUUUGCCUUUUAAAUUUUAAAAUUAACUUUUUGUCUGGAUAUACAUAUUCAAUCACAAAUGUUAAAGAGAACGAUCUCACAAAAUAUGGGAUCGAAUUUAGAGAUGAACCUAGAAAAAGUAAGGGAGAUAUUUUGAAAGUUCAAACGCGCGAAAAAAGUGAAAAAAACGAACAAAACGAACAAAAUGAUGAUGGUGAUAGCGCUACUUUUGAGAUGAAAUUGGAAAAACAAAAAAAAAAAAAAGAAAAGGGAAAAGGAAAAAACAAAAACGGAACUGAAAUAAAAUGCCAACAGUUGGGUCGUAGUUUCAAACAAAAGGAAGUGAAAAAAAAUGAAAUUGAAAAGGAAGACAAAAACAUGCUGGAAAAGAAACAAAAUGAAAUGAAUGUGGACAAAAUGAACGUGGACGAAAUGAAUGUGGACGAAAUGAAUGUGGACAAAAUGAAUGGGAACGAAAUGAAUAGAAAAAAAAGAGCAUUCUUAUACGUUUUUGUUCUUAAAACAGAUAUAAAUGUAGAUAUAAAAAAUAAAAAUAAGAAAAAAAAAAUAAAAAAAAAAGUAAUAAAUAAUAGUAAAAAAAAUAAUGUUACUUUUGUAAAUAUGAAUAUUUCUUUUGCUCAUUUAAAUGUAAUAAGUGGCUUGUUGUAUAUAUGGAUUAACGAGAAACCUUUUUUAUUUAAUAUAAUAAGAGUUCAAAGUUUAUUUAAAUAUUUAUAUGAAUAUAAUAAUAGUUCAAAAUAUUAUUUUAAUAUGUCAAGAAAUCACAAAUUUAGACUGAGAAGAAAUGAAAAUUUAAUAAAUCAGAUAGAAAAUAAAAAUAUUUCGAAAAUAACUACUAAAAUGAAUAAAAUAAAUUUUAUAAUUAUGAGAGAAUAUUGCACAUAUAAUACAAUAGAUAUAAUGAAUAUUUUAUUAUUUUUUCAAAAUAUUAGUUACUAUUUAAAUUGGGGUAAAAGGUCAUGUAAAAAAACGAAAAAAAAUAUUAAGAAUAAAUCAAAUGAACAUGUUAAGGAAAUUAAUACAGACCUUGCAAGUAGCUAUGAUAUAUAUAAUAAUAGAAAAUAUGAAGGUGUGGAUACUAGCCAACAUCAUAUAAGUGGUGAUGCUUUGGAUAUUUAUUCAACAAAGAAGAAUGAAACAAAUAUUUAUGGUUCGAACAGAGAAUCAUAUUAUUAUGAAGAAAAAGAAAGGAAAGAAAAUCAAAGAAUAGUUGAAAGUUCUCAUUUAAGUUAUAAUAAUGAAGUUAUAAAAUUGGAAAAUAAUUUGAAUGAAAAGAAUAAGAAAGAUCGAUAUAGGAACAAAGGAAUGGAAAAUGAAUUAAAAAUCGUUGAUGAAAUAUUAGAUAAAGAUUUGUGUGCAAAUGAGAAAAAAAAUUCAAAUGUGAAUUAUUGCCUGAACAAUCAGAAAAAAAAAGCUAUAAGCAAAAAAAAUGUUAAUGUAAUUAUUGGAAGUAUGUCUAUAUAUAUUAAUAAUAAUGAUUUGUUGAUUUUGAAUUUGUUAAGAGAAGAAUUAUUAUUUAUUCAAAAAAAGUUGAAAGGUGCUAAAGUUGUGUAUUCGUGUAAAUAUAAUUAUAAUGGUGUAAUGAUAUCAUCGAAAUUUUCUAAAAAAAAAUGUAUAAAUAACCAAAAAAAAAAAAAAAAAAAAAAUGAAAAAAAUCUGAACAGUGCAGAAAAAAAGCGAAAUUCAAGCCAAAUUAUAAAAAAAAUGAAAAACAAAAUAAAUAUUUCAUUAGAUAUGUUAAAAAUAUAUUUUAUGACAAAAUUUUAUGUGCAUGAACUAUUUUCAAUAAACAGUUUUAACAACAUAAUUAAAAUAGAGAAUACAUAUAUAAAUAACAAGAUGAAAUAUUUGUUUAUAUUUUUAAAUUUUAAUAAAGUAGACACAUUAACAGUCUUUGCAAAUGAUUUGGUUAAUUUUAUUUAUACUAAUUCAAUUAAAACAUCAUUUAUUGACUCAUUUAAUUUAUCUUGCCAAUAUAUUUUGAAUAAUAAAAAAAAUAAAUUUUUGAUGCAUAUUAAAGAUGAAAUAAAUAUUAAUUUAAAUAAAAAUAUUAUAAACUUUUUUGUUUUAUUUAAAUAUAAUUUUUUACAUGAUUAUUUUGAUUAUAAUGAAUAUAGUGUAUUUAAUCAGGUUGGUCGUAAUCGUGAUGAUAGUAGAGUAGCCGUUGUGAAAGAUUUAAGAAAAAUUAUUUUUUAUGGAAAUAUAUUUUUGAGAGAAUAUGUAAUUAUUAGAAAUUUCACUUUUUAUAAUUUAAAAUAUGAAUAUGAAGACAAUGUUGGUUAUAUAAAUAAGAAUGAAGAAAAUUUAAUAAUUGGAAAUAAUUUAUAUUUAUUGAAUAUAUAUAUAAUUGAUGGCAAAAUACGUGUAUCCAAAAAAAUAUAUAUAAAGCGAGCUAUACAAUCGUUAAAUAAUUCUAAUAAUAUAACAAGCAAUAAAGAUGAUACAAAUUUUAUGGAAAAUAAUGAUGAUAGUAUUUGUAACAAUAGCGAAUGUAUUAAUAAUGAUGAGAAUAAAAAUAAAUUUCGUCCAAUUUUGAAUGAAAAAAAUUAUCUUUACGUUGAUGUGACUAUACAGGAAAAUAAGAGAUGUAUUAAUAUAUAUCCUUAUUUUUUCAUACAUGUGUUAUAUAGUAAAUUUUUUGAAAAAAAAAAAAAAAAAUUAAAUGAGGAUAAUAUAAAUAGAAAAGAGAACAAAAAAAUGAAUGUUGAAAAAAAUGAUUGGGUAAAAUUAAAAUUUAUUAAAGAAGAAUGUAUAAAUACAUGUUUAAUACGACAAAAUGAGAUACUAUUUAGUGUACCUUUUAAUUUUAUAAAAAAAUGCAAAUAUAUUCAGCUAGCUAUAAAAGAAGAUAAAAAAAUAUUAACAAGCAAUAAAAUUAAAUAUAAAAAUAUAUUUAAUCUUUCAAAAUAUGUGUAUAAGGAUAUUUAUGAUGUAGAGCAUUAUGUGUGUUGUUGUUUUUUUUAUUUAUUUCGAAAGAGAGAAAAAAAAAUUCAAAAUUAUGGUAACAAAAUGAAAGAAAAUGAUAAAAAUUUUAUUUCAAAAUAUGAAAAAAAAGAAGAAAUAGUAGAAAACAUUUUAACAAAAAUUGAAGAAUAUAAUAAUUAUUAUAAAAUAUUUAGUGUAAUGAAUAUUGUUAAAAAUAAUAUGCAUAUUAUAUCUAUAGGAAGUUGUAUAAGAAUUAUAAAUUUAACCCCCAUCGAUAUAAAAAUUUUGCUAAAAAGAGAAAAGGGAAGCAUAAACACAUAUAGUAUAAAAAGCUUUGGUUAUAUAAAUAUUUAUGAUUUUGAUUUUUUAAAAAAUUUGAUUUUAAAUUUUUGUUUAAGUAUAUAUAGAAAAUGGAUAGAAUUUAUAAAAAUUGAAAAUGAAAAUUAUUUUCGAGAAUAUAAAAAUGAUAAUGAAAUCAAAACAUGUCAAAAAGACCAUUCUAAACAAGUUUGUGAUAAUAAAAAAAAUGUAUGUCAUAUAAUAAGUUAUAAAAUAAUACAAUUUAAGAAUUUAUAUUUUGUUAUAUAUAUAUAUAUGUAUAAUAAUUGUUAUCAUAUUGCAUUUGUAACUAAAUAUAAUAUUUAUAAUUAUACAAAAAAUACAUUAUAUUAUCAUUUAACACAUAAUGAAGAAGAAUGUGCAAUUGAAGAGUUGAGAUAUUUAUCUGAAAUAAAAAAACAUAAACUUAAAGAUACUUUUAACAUUUUAAAAGAACAUAUGUUUGUUUUAUAUCCAUUAAUAGAAAAUGAGAUAAUAAUAGAUAAUAAUAAUUUAAUAAAAAUAAAAAGAAAUAAAUUUUAUAAUUAUAAUAUAAAAAGUCAUAAUAAUUUAUUAGAUGAAAAAGAGAAUACAAAAAAAUAUAUAAACAAUUAUUGUUUUAAUCACAAAUUUGUUAUUAAUAAUAACAAUUCUCGUAUUUUAAAUACAGAUGUUUGUAUUUAUGAAAUAAAUAAAUCAUAUACAAAAAUAAUUAAUUUAAAUGAUGAAUAUAUAAAAAUAGAUGUAAAAAUAGUUACUAUACAUUCAUUUAAUAUAGUGUUUAUUCAAUUUUACCCUCACAUUAUUAUAGUAAAUUUAACAAAAUAUAAUUUAAAAUUAAAAUUAAAAAAUAAUGAAGAAUUGAAAAAAAAAUAUCAAAAUAUAAAUAGUGAAAAAAAAUAUAAUGAAUUAAAAGAAAAUAAUUCGUAUGCUUCUUGUGAUAGUAUACAAAAUGACGAAUUAAAUUUUAGUGAGCAAUCUGAAUUUUCCCUUUCUAGCUAUGAUGAGAUAAAUAAAAAGGAGGUGCCUAUAAUGGCUAGCUCAAAUCAUAAAAUAACAAAUUAUUUUAAAACUACAUCUCAACUGUUUGAUAUGACUAAAAAGACAAGUAAAAAAAAUAAAAAUAAAAAUAAAAAUAAAAAAAAAUAUAAAAUGUUAAGGAAGAUGAGUAUGACUGAACUAAAUGUGAAUGAUAAAAAUGCGUGGGAUUGCAUUAGUUUUAAAAUUCGAAAUAAAAGAGAAGGAGAAAAAGAAGAAGAGGACGGAAAAGACGGGGGGAAAUAUAACAGUUCUGGAAAAAUAAAUUUAAAUAAAUUUGUUAAUUACGAAAUGGCUAUUGAAUAUCUUAAAAAGAAUGGGAAUUCAAAUAUAAAAGGAAUAAAUAAUUUGAUUGGAAAAAAAUAUACACGAUGUAAAUAUAUUAAAAUUAAUAAAAAUAUGAAUAAAUAUUUUUAUAUGUAUAAAUACAAAGAAAUGAAAUUAACAAAUAGAAAAGGUGAUAAUAAUGACGAAAAUAAAUAUUAUGCUAUAAAAGAAAUGCUUUUUAAUAUAAGCUGUAUCGAAAUUAAAAAAACAUAUUAUAUAUUUAUAAAGAGAAUUCCAUUUUUACUUAAUUAUGAGAUGUGUUAUUUUCAAAAUGGAAUAAAUAUUCAAUAUGUUAGUAGUGAAUUAAAUAUUUCUGAAGAUUUGUGUAUAUUAAAAAAUGAAAAAAAUAAUUAUAAUAAAAUUUUAGAUAAAAAAAAAGAAAUGUCAUGUAUUGACUGUCCGAAUAAAAGAACAUAUGCUUGGAAGAAAAAAGAGGAACAUGUAAUUGAGAUUGAGGAAUAUGAGAAUUAUCAUAAGAUAUAUGAUGAAUUUAAAAAAUUAAAUUUAGGAAUGGUUUCUAAUUUAAAAAAAAAUAAUUUGAGUCUUAUAUUAAAAAAUUAUAAAGAAAUUGUAAAUAAUAAAAUAAUAAAAGAAGGGAAAAUAUAUAUAUUCAAUAAUUUAAAUAUUCCAAUUUUUGUGAGUCCAGAUAAAUGUAAUUAUCUUUUUUAUAUAAAUAAGAAAUAUAUAUAUUUUAAAGAAAAUAAAUAUUUUUAUUUUUAUUUUCCUAAAUUUAUAUUAAUUAGCAAAAAAUUAAUUUUUUUAUUUAAAACGGAUAAUAAAGUACAUAAAUAUCGAGGAAUCAAAAAUUAUAUGCAUAUAAUAAAAGAUGAUCAUAUAUUUCAGAAUUUUUAUGUCAUGAAAUUGUUUUUGUUUUAUAACAUUGUCUCAACCUUUCAAUUUUAUUCUUUUGUUUUUUUAAGACGGACAUGUUCUUCUCGAUUUGGUGGGAGCAGAAGUGGGAGCAGAAGUGGGAACAGAAGUAGGAAUAGAAGUGGGAACAGAAGUAGGAAUGGAAGUGGAGGCAAGAGUGGAGGAGAAAUCGUAUAUUUUGAGUUAUAUUUGGUAAAAUUUUAUUGUGAUAUAAUAAUAAAUAAUAACAACGAAAUAAAUAUAAUAUUGAAUGGAAUAAAUGAAUGGUAUUUCAUAAAAAAAAUAUUAUCAAUAAAUUAUUUCUUUAAUUUUUUUAAUUUUUUUAAUUUUUUUAAAAAUAACAAAUUUGAUAUAUGCCCAAAAAGCAUUUCAAACAUUACUUAUAUAAAUAAUAUGUACGGUUUAGACAAUAAUGAUUUAUUAAAUAUUAAAUGUUUUAUAAGAAGUGUAAAUUUGUUUUUUAAUUUUGAGAAUAUUUCAAAACAUCCAGAGAAUUUACGACAAAAAAUAUAUAUAAAUAAAAUACAUUUAAAUAUUUACACAUUUCAAUAUUUUAACAAUACUGUUCUUGAAAAGAAAAAGCGUUCUAUCCAAUUUUGGGGAACCGCUAGUCGCCGACGCAAUCACAAAGUUGGCAAUGCUGAAAAGGGCAAGCAUGACAAAAUUGGCAAAGCUGACAAAAUUGGCAAUGUUGGCAAGCAUGACAAAAGUGAGCACGCUUUAGAGAACGGCUCAGUUUUGAGAAAUGACAGCGAAAUAUAUAAUAUAUACAAUAAGCUAAAAAAUAAGAUAUAUUGCCAUUAUUAUUCUUAUAUGUUUAGUGAUUAUAUGCGGAACAAUAAAUCAUAUAAAAAUAUUUUUAAAUUAUUGAAAAGCCAAAUUAUUGCAGUAUGUUUUAACAAAUCUGAUUUUUACAAAAAAAUAUCUAUAACACUUGAUAACAUUAGCAUAAAAAAGGAUAUGAUAUAUGAUAAAAAAAAAGUCGAAUAUAAUUAUACAAUCUUAACUAAAUAUAAUAAGAAUGAAAGUAUUUUAGAUAUAAACAUUGACUUAUGUAAACAAACUUUUAUGCAAUACAAACAUAUUUAUAAUACUUUAAAUAUACUAUAUGCAUGCUCAUAUAUAAAUGGAAUUAAAAAAGGGAAAAAUUUUGGGGAAGAAGAUUUGCUCAAAAUAAAAAAAGAAGGAAAUUAUUCCUUUUCAAAGAUUUUAGAUAAUGAUAUAAAAAGUAAAGAAGAUGUAAUACAUCCAAUUGAGAAUGAAGAUAAUAUAAGAGAUGGUAUUAUUAAAAAAGCAAAAUAUAAUAUUUUUAAUUCUAAUAAUUUUUCGAGAAACAGAGAGCAUGCCUUACUAUACAAUGUAUAUUAUUUUUAUAAAAAAAAUGGAAAAAUCGGAACCAAAAAAGGGAAUAACAUAAGUGGUAGUGGCAACAAUUACAAACAGUAUAAAAUAAAAAAUUUAUUAGAAUUUAUUGAAAAUAUAAAAAGUAAAAAAUGUGAAAAAAAAAAAAGAGAAAUAAAAAAUUUGUCUAUAGAAAUAGCCAGUCUUGUUCUUACAUUAGACUAUAAUUAUUUUAUUAAUAUAUUACCAUUGUUUUAUGACUAUUUUUAUACAAAAAUAAAAUAUUUAAAUUUAAUAAAUAAUUUAAAAGAUAAAGGAAAAUUAAAUAUACACAUGUAUGAUUAUUACUAUUUAAAUAAAUUAAUGGAAAAAAAGCAAUUUGAAAAAUUAGAAGAAAUCGAAAAUAUAGGAAACUAUUCUUAUAUAGAUGACAUAAUUAUAUGUAGACAAAAUAAAAAAGAAAAUAUAUUUUUAUUAUAUAUACAUAAUAUUAAUAUAAGGAAAACUAAAAUAUAUAUAAAUGUUAAUUAUUUACUAAAAUUAUUUUUAACAAAAAAUUUCAUGAUGAAUAUAUCAGCCAUAAAAAUUCAAAAUAAAGAAAAAAAAAAUUUAAAACAUAUUUUAAAAAAAAUAAAAAAAAUAUAUUUUUAUAAUUAUAUUAGUAUAUUUUUUUAUUUACUUAAAAAUAUAAAUAUAUCGGAACAUUCAUCUUAUACAAUAUUAAAUCUCUUAAAUUUUAUUGAAAAGGUUUUAAAAAAUAAUUUACAAUUAUCUCCUUUGCAAAAUUUAUAUAGUUUAGUUAUGACUUUAAAAUAUAAAUGUGAAUAUGAGCUUAAUAAUAAUAAGAUAAAUAAAGAUAAUUAUUCUAUAAAUAAAAAAAAUAUUGAAGAAUUGGUAAAUCUUGAAAAAAAAUCAUUUUUAACGAUGUCUGAAAGGGAUAAAAAUUUACAUGAAAUUAAUAAUAGUAAUAACUAUUUUAAAAACAUGUUUUUAUUUAAUUAUUCUAAUAUUUUUUCUAUGAACAUAUUUUCUAAAAGUACAACACAAAUAGCUAAUCAGACAGAAACACAUAAAAAUUUAAUGGAAAAAAUAAUGAAUUUAAAAGAGAGAGAAAAUAUUUUUUCAAAAAUUCAUGAAUCUUAUAAAAAAAAUUCUGAUGCCAUUUCCAAUUAUAAACAUACAAAAAUUAGUCAAAGUUGUAACAAAAGUACACAAAUACAGUUUGGUAAUUCAAAUGGAAUUUCAGAAUCGUCAAAUGUAAAAUACAAAGAUAGCAACAGCUCUGGAAACGAUUUUAAAAAAAGCAAGACUGGCAAAGUGCAGAAAAAAAAGGUCCGAGAAAGGGACAGAGAAAAGGGUCGAGAAAAUGAGAGAAAAAAGGAGAGGAAAAAGGAGAGAAAAAAGGAGAGAAAAAAAGAGAAAAAAACAAGCGUACAAAACAUUACCCAUAUAUCGUUUACCCACAACUUAAACAUAAAACAAUAA